AUGUCGGCCGCCGCCCCAUCAUCGCCCGCAGUCGUGCGCACUUCCUCUUCUUCGCGCAGAUCCGUAGACAGACCCCAACGCUCCCAGAGCACCCAGAGCCGGCCCACUGGACACGCGCCCAGCCGCCAUCAGCAGCAGAGCGGCCUCCCCAACGUCGCCCGGAGAGACUACGAGCAGAGCAACGUCGCCCAGGAGCAGCCCUCACGUCGCAGCGAAGACCCAGCCCGCACCGAAUCCAGCAGACGAAGCCACUCGCGGUAUGCGUCUGACGCGUCGACAACUUCCGCAAUGCCCAUCAACGGCGUAGCUGCCGAAGCCAGGCCGGGCCAGCCUCAGGCCGUAAACAAGCGCAGGACCACCAUCACCGCGCCCAGCACAGGAACAUGGGCGCUAGGAAAGACAAUUGGCGCUGGCAGCAUGGGCAAGGUCAAGCUGGCGAAGAACGCCGAGACUGGGGAGCAGGCCGCCGUCAAGAUCGUACCCCGACAGUCCCAGGACCAGCACCAGAGCGCUGCCGACCGUGAACGAGCCGACCACUCCAAAGAAGUCCGCACAGCCAGGGAGGCCGCCAUUGUCAGUCUGCUGAACCACCCCUACAUAUGCGGCAUGAAGGAUGUGGUGCGCACAAACUUCCACUGGUACAUGAUGUUCGAGUUCGUCAACGGUGGGCAGAUGCUCGACUACAUCAUCUCUCACGGCCGCUUGAAGGAAAAGCAGGCGCGCAAGUUCGCUCGACAGAUCGCCAGUGCCCUCGACUACUGCCACAGGAAUAGCAUUGUGCAUCGAGAUCUUAAGAUCGAGAACAUCCUUAUUAGCAAGAUGGGUGAUAUCAAGAUUAUUGAUUUCGGGUUGAGUAACUUGUUCUCACCGAGAAAUCAGCUAAAGACGUUCUGUGGAAGUCUGUACUUUGCCGCCCCAGAACUGCUCCAGGCUAAGCAAUAUACUGGCCCCGAGGUUGAUGUCUGGAGUUUCGGCAUUGUAUUGUACGUCCUCGUCUGCGGCAAGGUGCCGUUCGACGACCAGAGCAUGCCGCAGCUUCACGCCAAGAUCAAGAAGGGCCAUGUUGACUAUCCUCCAUGGCUAUCUGCGGAAUGCCGCAAUCUGAUCCACAGAAUGCUCCAGACCGACCCAACUCAGCGAUUGACUCUCUCGGAAAUCAUGAGCCAUCCCUGGCUUACCAAGGGAUUCAACAGUCCUCCGGAAAACUACCUGCCUCAUAGAGAACCCGUGCAACUACCCCUGGACAGCGAGAUCAUCGAGAAGAUGCAGGGUUUCGAUUUUGGUACCACUGAGUACAUUACCACACAAUUGACCAAUGUCAUUCAGUCGGAGGAGUAUCAACGUGCGGUUCGAACAGCCGCUCGCAGGGCCACUGCUCAAACACCAGAAGCAGAGAAGAAGAGGGGUAUGUUCGACUUCUACAAGAGACGCACUUCCAUUGGAAGUCGGGAGCAAUUGACAGCUUCAUCGUCCGAAGAUAUCCAACGGGGAAUGGAUCCAGUGAACGCAUACAGUCCUCUGCUUUCUGUCUACUUCCUCGUCAAGGAAAAGAGAGACCGUGAACGACAAGAAGCAAACCCAGGUCCUGCCGCCAUGCCUCAGGAGCCAGACGAGAAGCCACUGAAGAUGCCAGAUCUUCCACCCCCACCGGCAGCGUAUACCAACUCAGCUGCCUACGAGAUGGCAGGCGAAAAGCCUACAGGUGGAAGGUCGCGACCGAGAGCUAGGACACAUGGAGAGGAUGACCUCACCGAGGGCCUGAAAAGAGUGGAUCUCAACAAUCCACCCCCAGUGCUGCCGCCUCACGUUCAGGCUGAACAGCCAAAGAAGGAGGGUGCCGCUGUUGGUCUGUUACGCCGCUUCAGUACCAGAAAGUACCGAAGUCAUGACAAAGACCGGACCGUUGAGCCUAUGCCUCCACCCACUCCGGCCGUUGCAAUUUCCAGUCCCGCCGAGCCUGCCCCGGCACCAGCUUCCGUACCGAGAAAGAGCUUCAGCAUUCGAAGGGCGCGUGGCCGUGACGAAGGCUCUGUACCGCAUCUUCCAGAGAGCACAAACAGUGCAAAUAACCAACCUGAACUGCUCUCCCCUCCUGGCAGCGGCAACAGCGCCGCUCGGAAGCUGAAAGCACUUGGCCGCUCCACAAGCGUUAACUCGGCUGAUCUCCGGAGGCGACUCAGUCGCCGUGGACGAUCUUCGGAAGACCCUGGAAACCCUCCUCCCACAAGUGGGUCAGAUAGAUCCGAGCUGAGUGCGCACAAGGUUCGUCCAACCAACGAUGCUGCUUCUGAUGACCUUACAUCGAGCCCGCGACCUAUGCAGGCGUCGCGGGCGAAGUCGCUCGGCCAUGCGCGACGAGAAAGUAUUCAAGCACGGAGGGCAAAGCGAGAGCAAGCGAAGGAAGCAAACGUACCCGAAGAGACAGAUGCAGAGCUGGCAGAGGCACAGGCAGAAGCAAGUCGAAGUCCAGACGCUGUUAAGCCUGUGUUUCUCAAAGGUCUUUUCAGCGUCUCUACGACAAGCACCAAGCCACUGCCUGUCAUCCAGGAUGAUCUGAUUAGGGUGCUUGAUCAACUUGGGGUCGAGUGGAGUGAAGUCAAAGGUGGUUUUAGGUGCCGACAUGCACCCAGUAUUGAUAUGAACAAGCCCAUGGAUUCGCCAGCUUCCCCGCCGAGCGGGGCCCAUAAGAGGAAGAUCAGCUUCGGGGGGUUCAUGGGCGGCGGCGAUAGAGACCGUGACGAGUUCCGGGAGCAAAAUCGAGCGCCGCAGACGCCGAAAUCGCGAUCACGGCCAUCACCUGCGGACCAGAGCUAUACGAAUACCGACGAGUCUGAUGGUAGCGAAGAACGGGAUGAGCGACGACCGCGACGCGCAGUACCUGCGGGCGAAACGUCGACACAUGUGCAGAGCGACAUGGGCUCAAGCAUGAGUCUUGUGUUCGAGAUCUUGAUCGUCAAGGUUCCGCUGUUAACGCUGCACGGCAUCCAAUUUAAGAAAGUGGAUGGAGGUACAUGGCAGUACAAGAACAUGGCUCAGACUAUCCUGUCAGAGCUGAGGCUUUGA